AGAAAAGUAUUUUCUCGACUAGAGAUGAUAGAAGGUGCUAAAUCAAUAGGUGUCAGAGCUGCUACCAUUGCUUUAGUGGGGGCUUCUAUCAGUAUUGGAAACUUCCUCAGUUCUUUGAUUCAUUCUAUGGCGCAAAGUCCAUCUUUGGCUAAACAAUCAUUUGAUUAUGCCAUUUUGGGCUUUGCUCUCACCGAAGCUAUUGCAUUGUUUGCCCCAAUGAUGGCCUUUUUGAUCUCAUUCGUUUUCCGAUCCCAUAAAAAGUCAUGAGAUCAAAAAAGAAAUGUGAGAAUGUA